AUGGAUCAACAAAUGGUGGAUUUAGAGUCCAAUAGAAGACCAAACAUUGAUGAAGAAUCCCCAGCCAUUUUCAAGAAAGCAAUUCGACCUGUCACACUGAAGUUUGAGGAUGUGGUUUACACGAUCAAAGUCGAGACGGAUGGAAUGCCAUGGCUUCGAAAGAACACCAACAACUCCGAUUCAGACAAACUGAUCCUGAAGGGUGUUAGUGGUGUGGUUAAACCAGGUGAAAUGCUCGCCAUGCUAGGCCCAUCGGGAAGUGGCAAAACGACACUCCUAACCGCGCUUGGAGGUCGUUUAGGUGGAAAACUCAGCGGAGGCAUAACCUACAACAACAAGCCCUUCUCAAACUCAAUGAAAAGAAACACUGGUUUUGUGACCCAAGACGAUUUUCUCUAUCCCCAUUUGACCGUGACUGAGACACUCAUCUUCACAGCCCUUCUGCGCUUGCCCAACACUCUCACUAAGGCAGAGAGGACGCUUCAAGCCGAGGCUGUGAUAACACAGCUCGAAUUGACCAAGUGCAAGAACAGCAUCAUCGGGGAUGAGCUUUUGAGGGGUGUUUCGGGCGGAGAGAGGAGAAGGGUUAGUAUAGGACAAGAAUUGCUUAUAAACCCUAGCUUGCUGUUCUUGGACGAACCCACUUCGGGCCUGGACUCGACCACAGCUCAAAGGAUCGUCAAGGCAUUGUGGGACUUGGCCAAUGGAAGAAGAACCAUUGUUAUGACUAUACACCAGCCUUCAAGCCGAUUGUUCUACAUGUUUCAUAAGGUGAUGCUCUUAUCGGAAGGGAAUGCUUUGUAUUUCGGGAACGUUUCCGGCGUCAUGAAUUACUUUUCCGCCAUCGGAUAUGCUCCACUGGUUGCUAUGAACCCUGCAGAUUUUCUCCUGGACCUAGCCAACGGUCUGACACCUGAUGAAUCAAAUGAAAACAAGAGUGAAGUGAAGCAGAGUUUGGCUUUGGCCUACAAGCGGAACCUUGAAGAUAAACUGAAAGCAGUACUUGAAGAAACCAGCUGCGACUGCAAUAAUAAUCAGUUUCAAGAUUCAUCAUCAGUGGACAAGAAAUUUGGGAAAUGGUCCACAACUUGGUGGCAGCAAUUUACUGUCUUGUUCAGGAGAGGAGUGAAGGAGAGGAAGCACGAGUCCUUCUCUGGCCUCAAGAUUGGACAGGUAGUUGCUGUGGCUCUACUUCUCUGUGGGCUUCUGUGGUGGCAGUCAGAUACUUCCCACUUACAAGAUCAGAUUGGGCUUCUGUUCUUUAUGUCUGGAUUUUGGGGUUUCUUCCCUCUCUUCCAAGCAAUCUUCACGUUCCCGCCAGAACGCAAAAUGCUUGAGAAGGAACGGACUUCUGGCACCUACCGACUUUCCUCCUACUUCAUGUCAAGAAUCAUCGGUGACCUCCCCAUGGAACUUGUCCUUCCCACUUUAUUUAUCACCAUAACAUAUUGGAUGGCAGGUUUAAAACCCACGCAUGUGAACUUUUUUCACACCUUGCUCGUUCUUCUCCUCCUUGUCUUAGUAGCUCAAGGAAUGGGACUUGCUCUUGGCGCUGUGGUCAUGGACCAAAAAUCGGCCACAGUACUUGGGUCAGUGUUCAUGUUGUCAUUUCUUCUGGCCGGUGGUUUCUAUGUUCAACAUGUGCCUGAUUUCAUAUGUUGGAUCAAGUACAUUUCAAUCAGUAAUUAUUCAUACAAGCUCCUGCUAGGGUCUCAGUACAAAGAAAGUGAGACUUACCAGUGUGAGAAUGGCGCCAAUAGGUUAUGUUUGGUCGGGGAAUUUCCAUCUAUCAAAAGUACAGGGCUUAAUGGACAAGUGAAUGCUGUAGUGGCUUUGACUAUAAUGCUUGUGUUUUAUAGACUCGUUGCCUAUAUAUAUCGCCCUCAUGAGGAUUGGGGUUACCAAAAAAGUAGUGUAGGUAUAUUAGAAAACGUUGCAAGAACUUAAAAAUCUAGUCCAUCGUGGUUAAAUGUUUUUCUUUUGUAGUACUGAAUUUCUACUUUGGCGUGUAUCCUAAAUAGAGACAUGAAAUAUAGAAUUUGUAAACGUUUUAUUUACAAAAUACGUGUUAGACCGAAAAGAUUAAAUAAAAAAAAUUCUAUAAAACUUCUUGUGAGAAAAAGCCAUACGGUUU